AUGCUUCUUCCAAUAGAAGAAGAUGCACUUAAGUUGGUGAGUACAAUGCUGAAUGAGGUUAGCUUACCUGCUGGCCUCUGGAUACAAUCAGGGAUACAUUAUCAAUUAAGUGCAAAAACCAACUUGGGCAAGAUCAGUAAUUUUGUUACAAAUAGGUAUGGUGAGUCCUGAGACUCUUCUUGUGAAAAAUCAUCAAAGUCCCAGUCCAGAACCAAUGAGUCCCAGUUAAAAAAAAUAGAGUCCAAAAUUGAAAAUGCUUGGGCCUUUACGUAACCAAACAGUUAAUAUGAGGACAGACUCCAAAACUCUGUAUUACAGUAUACUGAAAUUAUAGUAGGAUAUUCCUUCUAUUGAAACACAGCAAAGGCUACAAGAAAGACUCAUCACAACAGCCAUAAUAACUGCCACAGAAAUUACAUGGACUGGCCGGAUAUUUCUACAAAUACACAUGUUGAGAUCGAUCAAUCAAUCUUUGCAUCCUAUGGGAUGCAUGCCAUGAAUAACUUUGCGUGUUUGGGGAUUUUUAUGCAUCAGCAAUGCAGGAUGCAGAGGUAAAAAAAAUCACUGCAAGAUCUUUUUGGGUUAAAAUGAAAAGUGAAAACUGUCCUGUGCUGUAACAUGACCAUUUGAAUGGAACAACUUUGGCACAACUUUGGUUUAAUGCCAGCGUCACAAAUGGAGGUUGGGUGCCUAGGAACCUGGAGGCUGAAGCCACCAAGCCCCUAACCCAGGUAGCAAGAACACACCAAAAUCUUGCCUGCAACCCUGCUUUGAGCCCCGCCCACCACACUCAGCCCCUGCCCAAGCACCUGUCACACUGAACCAAGAGUUCAGUGGAGAAAUAAGGACAAUACUACUACUACUAAUAAUAAUAAUAAUAAGCGAGGGGAGGGAGGGGAAAAACACUAAAGCUGAGCAAGAUGCCCUGAACACUAUGCACUGUAAAACUACAAGCACAUGUAAAUGCGCACGCAUAAAUUGCAACAGUAAACCGCUGACCCAGGGGGGCACAGGAAAUUGCCCUGCAACAGGCCUAGUAUGCUAACACAAACCCUUGCAAUAGCAUCAGAGCAUAGGAUAACUGCCGGCUCGCCAAAGCAAUGCCAAUAAAAUGCUAACAAAUUCAAAUGCCAUACCAACGCCACACUAACGCCAAGCCAACUACUAAGCAGCCAGCUCCUUGUCAUUAACUAAGUUAAAUAAGUAUUUUAAUUUAACCUCAUUUAAACCUUCUGUUGUUUAAACAGUACAUUACCUAUAAUUUAUUAAUAAUAGUAAAGAAUGAUUCUAAAAGGUUGAUUUUAGAUAUCCCUAUAAAAGUGUGAGAAUUUGUAGGUUGAUAUUGCUUUGUGCAUACUGGACAUUCAUGCCAAUAAUUUGAUACAAAAAACCCUAAUAAACAUGACAAUUUCAAGCAGGGCUAUCACUUAUGGCUGGGGGCCAGGGAUCUCCCCUGCCUAUUUAUUACGCUUUAUAAGAAACAAAAGCAAAUCAAGAGAGCUUCCUAGCUGUUUAAUUUCCCACUUGCUCAUUGCAUAAUAUUUAAUUAUACUCAGCAAUUUGAUAUCUUUGUGAUAGCCCUGAUCCACAUCAGUUGACCAUUGAUUUUUUUAAUAGAAAUUUUGUGGAAAGUUCACGUGACUGCUUUUUGCCACCUAAUUUUGAGCGUUUUUUUGCUAGGGGGCUUUGAACGAAUUGUCCUUGUCACUUCAAGGUUAUCUCGAGAUUCUUUGUAGCAAGAAAAGCCAACUUGAUGGAGUUAAGAUCAAUGAGACAGGCAUGCUCUAUGGUAACGUCUAGUUGUGCACCAGCUUCAGGUCUUGCUCAUUAUAAAUGGUUGUCAGUAUUUAAGAUUUUUGACUGAUAAAAGGAUUAAUUAGCUCAAAAUGGCGGAAAACCUUAUAGUUUUUAUUUCUUGCUCUUUUUGUACACAAAAACUGGACUUAUAUUUAUUUUUUUCCACUCUAUUACUGUUGUAUCAUGUUUAGUUCAUAUUGGUCACUCACACUCUCUCAUUCAUCUCCUGAAUUCAUAGAAAAAGGAGCUGUAAAGGAUGAUGAUGAGUGUAAAAGGUGAGUUGUCAUAGUCAACCACGUAAUUCCCAGCCUGGGUUUCUUCACUGUGACCUACCCUGUCUCAUUCCAGAGGACAGGAAGAGGAGAGAGCCCGGAAAGGAGAUGUUAUCAUUAUUAUGUUCAAGUGUCCAAGACCCAGAAAAAUAAAUACUCUGUAGUACCUCAACUGUGAUCUGUUGGAAGGCUGUGCUCUAAAGAAAAUUGAAGGGAGCCCUGUGCUCUAAACCUGUAAAAUCUCGGUGGCACCGAGCAUAUGAUUUGUAUGAAAAAAAUGAGAUUUUCUAGUCGCCCAAGGGCAAAAGUUAGGCACCAUGGGCCACCGGGCUCUGCUGAGCACAGCCCUGCAUUGCAACUAGCACUCAUCUGUUUUUAGUUAACUCUAGGAGUGAAUACACCUUUGUUGCAUGGCGGCCAUUUUGUCUCAGGAGAUUUAAAAAGCUUUGUUUUGGCACAGCUAGCCUCAGUCUAUUGGUUGAACAGAUGCUGGCAUCAUUCAUUAUUAGGACAAAGGAAAACUUAGAUAUAGAGCAAAAAAUAUUUCUUAAAAAAGAAUCUUUAAAGCAUACUCUGAUGUUCUUGCCAGUAUGUAAUAAUGUCUUUCUGCCAAUGAUUAAUUAUUUUCAAAUGCAGGCGUAGGGUAGCUAUUGAAGACACCAUUGUACAAAAAGGUACUGUGAAAUUCUGUGAUGUUGUGGGCCUUACUAAUACAAAGCAGGCAUUAAAGGAAGCUAUCAUUAUGCCACUACAGUUUCCACAGCUAUUCACAGGUAAGAUUAUUUCACUAGAAUGUUCUUUAUCGUAAUAGGCCCUUUGCAGCUACAGUCAAACCUGUAUAUAACGGCCACCCUCAAGACUUGAGGAACUGGCCGCUUAAUAUAGGUGGCCGCUUAAUACAGGAUCACUAAAAGUACUUACUGGGCAUGGUCUUAUGUCAAUUUUAAUGGCCUAUCUUACAAAACUGAACACUUCAUGCAAGGAAACAAUAGGACAAUCAACACUGUUUCAAAUGAUCAAUACUUCAACUUGUAACUUAACAGCAUAAUAUAUGUAACAUUGUGUAAAAGCACUGUGCAAGAAUCUGAUGACACCUGAAAGGGAUAACGAUAUUAAACAGCCGAGUAUCAGCUUACAGUAGCUGUUGUUAUUUCUUUAUAGUGAUGAUGGAUCGCAUUUUAAACACAAUAAAAUACCGCAUGAAAUGACAUAUGGCUUAGUUUCCGUUCAAGGGCAGGUCCCUUAAAACGGGUCAAAAUAACAAAGAAAGACAAACGUUGGACUGCUGCAGGGUAGCCGCACUUAUAGAGGUGGCUGCCUAAUACAAGUAACAAAUACAGCGUUUGUAUGAGUGAAAAAUCAGGACUUUGAAAACUGGCCACUUAACAGAGGGUGGCCGCUUAAUACAGGGCCGUUACAUAUAGGUUCGACUGUAGUCAUUCACCCCAUGCUGGAGAGCAAAAGAUGACUGGGACAAGAAAAACAAACAGCUUACAUCAUUUAAAUGGUAAUUUCUUGUGUUUAUCUUUUUCCAGUGUGUUCCUUGCUCUCCAGCAUGGUGGUUUUGUACCACGUAAGCGACUAGCUGCAUGGGACCCUUACCACAUUAGAUAGGUUGUUAUAAUUUUAAAUUAUUCUGACAUAAGAGUCAGUGCAUUUUUUUUAUUUCCUUGUUGAAAAAAAUAUCAUUAACAUUGUCAACACUAACUUACAGGUGUAUUUGAUGGCCUUAACCACUCAUUAAUUUCUUGUUUAAAAAAAAACUUUUAAUAACACCGUUGCUGAAGUUAAUAAGCACCCCAUUACCCCAUAGGAAGAUCAUUCUCCUCUUCUUUUGGGAAACAAACUGCUCCUUAAGUGUAAAGAGCUUUUCAUGGUAAAUACAACAGCGUGUUGUUUGAUAAGGGUUAUCUCAUGCUUAUAUUGCAAAAGGUCAGGGGAUUUGUAUUUACCAAAAAAAUUUCAAUAACUUAUUUUAACUACAAUGAAUAAUGGAUUGAUCUCAUCAUUGUUCUACAUGUAUCUUCUUUGUUCAGGUGGUCAAUGAUCUUUGUGCCCUUGAAAUUACUUGGAAAACACCUGGAAUUUCAUUCCCUUUCCAUAUACAUGUUGUUUGAUAAGGGUUAUCCCAUGCAUACUUUGUAAAUGUAGGGAGAUUUGUAUAUACCAAAAAGUUUUGAUAACUUAUUUCAACAAAUAAUAAUAAUUUAUUAUUAUUUAUGAAUAAUGGAUUGAUAUCAUUGUUCUACAUGUAUCUUCUUUGUUCAGGCGGUCGACAACCUUGGCGUAGAAUACUUCUGUAUGGACCUCCAGGGACAGGUGAUCAUUUUCAGUCAAACCUGCGCGAGACCCUCCCUGUUAAACAGUCACCCUCUAUGAAGUGGUCACCAAUCAAAUUCCUGCAGUUUGUUUUCCAUAUUUACAGUGAAAUAUUUGACCUCUAUUGAGCAGUCACCUUACCCUUGGUUCCAGAGGUUAUUUUUUUGUUAUCUAAUUCCUGAUACCUCGAACAACGCUGCAACAGCGAGGCACAUUAAGCAUUAUUAAUGAGAAAAAAAAACCUCUGGUCACCACAGGAACUACGAGUCUCAUUUCCAUGCAAUUUUAGGAUCAUAUAAUUAUCUUGUCACCAAACCGGGUUUGGAGCUGAUGAGAAUGUUUGUUUUCGUUGACUCUGACAGCUGAAAACAGAAUUGUCACAAAUUCCUUUCCCAAAAGUACACAUUAAGUUUCAAGCAUAUAAAAAGGACAGAAGUACACAUUCUGUAACUAGCUGUUUUUAGAAGUCAACAGGAUAACAAUUAAGAAUUUCCUGUCUGCAACAGGGGUAUUACUGUACCUGGUCAAACUAAAAAUUGCCAGACAGAAUGGCUAUGCCAAGCAAUAUAUUAUUAGUUGCUGAUUUUGUAGCACAUAAACCACGCCACAAACUAUAAAAAAAUUAGGAAAGAAAGAAAAAAAAAACCAGCACCCAGGGUACUAUUCCUGAGAAUUCAACUUUGUGCAAACAACAGUGCAAAAAUAGUUCCAGCAUGACAAAGCACGCAGAGCAGGAAAUCAUCACAUUCAUUCAAACUACGUCCUUUUGUUGGAUAAAUUCAAACAAAGCUUCUUCCUCGUCCAACUUUGAUUCAGUUGACAGAUGUUUGCAUAUUUCGCAUUUUAGCCAGAGAUUGCUGAGCUGCACUUCUAAAAGAACUUAAGAUGGUCUCUCCAAAUUGUUUGUUAUUAACAUCAAAACCAGUUUUCAAUCUCAUGCGGUGAAGUUCUUCUAUGGAGCCAAUCAAGUUUGCUGUUACAUCAUUAAUUCCCUGCUGACAUGGGUGUAACCAAUCAGCAGCCCAGUUCAGAUUCUGAACUGAUUCUCACAUCCUGGAAAUGAGGUUGCUUGCUUGUGUGACCAGAGGUCUGUCUCUGGAGCUUUAUCAAACUGUAAGCAUGGUUUAUUGCAUCCAAGGUAAACCAUAAUUCAAGAACGGACCUCUGGAGCCAGGGUACAAUCACCUCUUUUUAACCGACAUGAUCACCCUCUAUACUUCCUAAUUGGUUAAAUUUAAUGUAUUUCACCUCUAUGAAACGGUGGUCGCCUACAGCUCUAUAACAGCAAAAUUUUUACAGAUAGGUGAAACAUACAUGUCCACUUUUGUCAAACGGCUCAUUCUAACAAUGCUAUGUUUAAAUUUCCCUGCAUGGGCCUGACCUGAUGGCAGCUCAGCAUUUUUCAGGCCCUUUUUAUAUGACCAGCUUCAAUUGAUACAUUGAACCAAACCCUAAGGAAAACUAUAGAUAUUCAAGCAAACCUCAAGAUCAAUUUAGUAACUUGUUUCCCUUGAGGACAUUUCCCUUGUCCAUAGGAUAGGCGUCUCUAGGAAUUUCUUGAGUAAUGCAUCAGUGUCAUUUUGUUCAUACAAACACCAGCAGUUUAUACUGGAUGAGACAUUUUUUUACCUUAUUUUGCAUUUUUGUUUCUACAAACAAUAGAAUCAUGUAUUUUACCUGUAGAUCCAAGCAACAUGUGUGUUCUUUUGUUUGACUGUUUUUUGUUGCUCAGUGUUAGAACAUCUAUCAACUUGUAUCAAAUGAGCACUCAACUACUUCCUAAAGGUGACUGCAUAAAAAGGAUUUGAUUGUAAUAAAAAAUUAAUCCAGCUAACAACUACAAAUCUUUCUUCAUGUUUGUUUGCAAUCAUGUAAAUGGAGUGCCUGUAAGCUGACAAGAACAGUACAUCUAUUAUUUUUUUGUGUGUGACUGAUUUUGCUGAUCAUUAUAAUUUAUUAUUUUGGUACAGGUAAAACAAGGCUAGCCCAAGCAGUAGCAUCAGAGAUCAACUCAACUUUUUACAGUGUGUCCAGUUCUGAUCUUGUGUCCAGCUGGGUUGGAGAAAGUGAAAAGUAAGUAUGGUGGACACUAGCCAGGGUGUGAAAGAGUGAACAAAAUUUGUUCAGACAGAAGCUUUCUCCUUUCCUAUUAAAAAGCGCCCUGACUGAGUAACUUAUGUCAAACCCCAGAAAAGAUUUAUUGUUAUUAAUUUAUAUUUUUUAGUUACUGUUGUUUGUACAAAAGAGGAAGGGCACCUGAGUAAAAAAUAAUGCCCCUCAGAAUGGAAUUCCCACUAAAAGAGUAAUAAUUUAUUAAAAACACACAAACAAAAUAGAAAACUAUUGCAGUUGAAGACAAGUAUAAUUAUUAUCAUUUGGUGUCACAUUAAAUUAUUGUAACUAAUCAGACUAUGUUUUGCAGAGCUUACUGAGUUUUCCUUUCACUAUUAAGAACAAAACUUUUAUGAUAAAUUGGAACAGAGAAAUCAGACAAGCUAAAAAUCCUUUAAAAUGCAUUAUUAUUAAUUUAAAAAAUAUCUCAGUUUCUGAUUGGCUAAAGCACACUCUUAAUUCACCAUAACCAGCUACUGUUGACCAAAUUUUGAAGAAUUUUGCAAUUUAUCAACCAAUGACUUCAAAAGUGCAGCACAGUUGCUGGUUAAUGUACCUUUAAGCGUGAAGACCUGGGGAAGAGAUUGAGUUGUUUUGGUUGCGUCGAACUAUUGUUUAAUAACAGAAGACAACUCAACAGACAACAUUUGCUAUUAGGAGUAUAUUUGCAGACCUGAACAGCCCUUUACCUUCUAAAUAUGCACUAUCAAGGUGAACUUAACAUCGAUGAAGGUAGGCAUGUUUUAGCUUGUUUUUAAACUAGGAAUUGAAUUAAUAAUAAAGCAGUUAAUGAAUUGGGCUUUCGUAGGAUGUAAAGAAUUAUGCAGAUCUCGGAGCAUGUUAUCCGCCAAGGCCUUCCUAACACCCUGCGAGAUCUGCACAAUUCUUCAUAUCCUGCUCAGCCUCAUUCAUUAAUUGCUAAGGAAUUAUAAACCCACCCAACUAUUUUAAUCCGUUAAUGUUUUCUUUCAAGACUUAUCAAAGAGCUCUUUCACAAUGCAACAAGUCAACUGGGUCAAUCGGUAAGUAUUACACUCUAGAAUAAUUUUUUCGGUGAAUCCAAAAGUCUGUUAGCUCUGCUAUUAAUUUUAGUGUUACCCCCAUUUAAAGAAAAAGAUUUUACCUUGCAUUACCUUAAAUCUAAUCUCAGAAUAAACAGUACCAAUCAGAUUUUUUGUAGACUUGUUUUUUUUUAAUGAUUUUCCUCAGUGGAUAAUUUGGUAUAACACUUGAAACUUAUUUCCACUUUAUGGUAUUUCUUCAUAAAUUAUUUAAAUUAACCCCGGUUGUUAAGUGAAUGCUUCCAUUUUCCAUGAAUUAAAUUUGGUUAUCUGCCAUAGAGACUAGUAUUAAAUUCGUUAUUAGUAUUGACAGUUGGAUUGUAUAGUUGAGAUAGUACAACUAUAGAUCUAUUUCCAUUGUCUAGAGGCAGGUAGCUGUAAUGAAAUUAAUGAGAUCUAUUUAAUUUAAUUUACUUAUUUUGUCUACUAGGUUGUCUUUAUAGAUGAGAUUGAUAGCAUCUGUAGAAAGAGAAGUAUGCGUGAAGAGGAGUACACAAGAAGAAUAAAGACUGAACUACUUAAACAGGUUAUAAUAAUACUAGUUUAAGUAAAUUUUGUUUAUAAUUCUCUUUCAGUAGCAACUCUAAAAAAAUCCUAAAUUCAUUUUUUGAUUUGAAAAACUUUAUCUUUUGUUAUUAUAAAUAAUUUUAUUAUUCCCAUUUCUGCUGUUAACGAAUUGAACUUGUUUUGUUGUAGAUGGAGGGUACUGAUCAUAGUGCUUCACCUCAGCAUUUUAUCCUGCUGUGUGCCACAAACUGUCCUUGGGAACUAGAUACAGCCUUUCUGAGAAGAUUUCAAAAAAGAAUAUAUAUUCCUCUGCCAGAUAAGUGAGUAAUUAACAUUUAUUAUCUUUAGAAAUAAUCUAUCUAUGAAAUAAUUUUAAUUAAUGAAAAAGUAAGGGAAAAUAAAGAUUAAGAAUAAGUCAGGGAAACUUUUCAUGCAAUUCUUCUGUUCAGUAAGUUUGUAUCAAACAAUUUUUUAAAAUACAUUGUCAUUGGAUGAAAACUUUCCUUUUCGGAGUCCAAGAAAAAUGGUUUCUUCUGAGCUUUCAGAACCACCACAACACCUCUCUUGCUGUGUGUCAAAAAUUAGUGUCCUGCUACUUACAGGAUUAAAAGUUGAAGACCGAAGUCUCUGUUGAGAUUUGGGGUGUCAAUACUGGGAAUCUUGAUUGUAUGUUCAUGGUGGAUCUAGAAAAUGGGUAAACCAUCCUUAUUUUUUGGACUAAACUGUGGUGUACAGGGCAGUUAAAUAUUUUCCAGAUCAGUGCCUCCUUCCUUAUCUCUGCAUGGGAGUGGAUGGGCACUGCUCAUCCCUCUGAGAGAAAAGUAAAAAAGAUUGUUUUUAUUUAUUUGUCACUUGCGACAUGAAUCAAAGAGUGAUCAUACACUUUAAUUUCUUUAAUUUUUUUACUAUUUAUAGAGAGGCAAGGAUUGCAUUAAUUAAGAUGCACUUGGCAGCAACUCCUGUAUCACUGUCCACAGAGGACUGGUGUUUGUUGGGUGACAGAGUGGAAGGGUUCUCUGGAAGUGAUUUGUCUAACUGCACAUCAGAUGCCAUGUUUGAACCUGUGCGUGAAUUAGAACAUAAUGCUCAUUGGAAACUAGACAAAAGUAAGAUUGCCUCUUCUACUAAGAAAAAACUAAUAUACAAAGCCUUGGUGGGUAAAGCUUGGCCAGGAAAAGCCAACAGUGCUAAGAUAGAAACCGGUCCAACUGGAUAAUCCACUGGGUGAGGGGCCUUAGCACAUGACCUCAUGCCAAGGGGGUGCCUCGUGCCUGUACUACAAGGCAAGCAUGCAUGGUUCACACAUCUGUGUAGUUAGGGUUAUGUUCUUAGCCAAAUUUAAUAACCAAGUCCCAUGAAUUCCCAUUUCCCCUCCCUACCAACUGGGGUCCCAGUCUCAUUUUGUUGCAUUAUUAUCAUUCUAUUCUGUUAUGUUUUUACAGAUUUAUUUUACAGUCCUUGUUCAGAAAGGGAAAACGAUUGUAUACACUCAUUAUUAAUUGAUCUGCCAUCUGAUAAGGUGAGGAUUAAUGACUGUUGAUGGUUAAUGUCGCUUUUGAUAAACUAGCUCUGCAAUUCCUGGUAAAUUAAUCAACUCUUAAUACUUCCUGGGCCCUGUAAAAUACUUUUUUACAAAAUCACUUUUUUCUACCUACUCCUGGAAUUUUUUGAUAAAAUGCUGUGGCUAUUGAAUUAUUUUGAUAAGGAAAUUGAACAUUAAUUGGCUAUUACAAGUGGUGUUGCUUUUUUCCUGUAAAAUGAGAAGUAAAAAUGAUGUUCCUAGUUCUGGUCCUAUUCAUGUGGUGCCCUUAAAAUUACUUGGAAAACACCUGGAAUUUCAUUUUCCUUUUCCAUAUACACAGUAAAACAUGAAAAUAAUGAAACUGACGGUGGUUAUCAUUGUUGUAAACAAGUUCUGUAUAUUACAAGAUAAGGGGAGGAAAUCUUUCAACUCAUAAUCACAUACUACAAUACUACAUGUAAUACAAAUUCAAAGAAGUGUAUGGGGUGCUUAUAAAUCAGUACCAAUGCUAAUAUUGUUUUGUGUUUCAACAAUAUUAACAAGGUCAUUUAAAAUGAUGAUAAUUAAUAUUAUAGAUUUAGGCAGGGCUAAAAGCAAAGCUCUCUUUAAUAUUUAUAGUUUCCUCAAAGAAAAUAUUAAAUCAAGAAAAAAAAGACAAGGUAAAAUCAACGAGAACAGUAAAAAAAAAACAAGAGAUCUAAUUAGAAAAAAAGCAACUUUGCACAUGCAGCACACUUUCUUUCUAGUUAGCAAAAAAACAACUUUUCUCGUGCUGCACACUUUUUUGUACAUUUCCUUGCCAUUGUUUACUCCCUAUUUAAAUGUUUUAAGGAGAAAAUGUUUGUAUUGUGUACUUCCUGUUCACUCUGUUUUUUUCACUGCCACUCAUUUUCACCUUGGUAGCCACUAGUAUUUCUCAUUUUUGUCAUCGCCGCUAUAAUAUAAUCAGUUUCAUGUUUUUCUUCCAACAAAAUUGGUCUCCGUUGUUAUUUAUUUCUCGCUCUAGCUCUUUCCCUGUUAUCCAAGUUAAUGUAGACAUUAAAAUAAAGUGGAAAGAAAGACUCAUUUUUGUUGUUGUUUGUUUUUUCCUCUCUAAAAGUCUGGGCAGCCAUGCAAUUUACCGCUGAAACGAGUUGGGUGCCUGAAAUGCAGACUUUCACCUCAGCUAUAACAUACUCCUCCCCUGAUGGGCUGACGCCUCACUCCCUUCCACCUCCCCCAGAGUCUGUACGGUCAGCGUUCGGUCAUAUGCUGACGUCAUGACCAAUUUUUCUUGCAUAGAUGGAUUACCAAAUUUUCUUAGCUAUGCGGCUCUGCUCUCGUGUGUGCAUGUGGAGCUCCACUUUUAGUACUAAUACGAUGUAAAUAAAAGAAAGAGAUUUACCAGUAAUUCUGUAGAUCAGUCCUUGAUUCCCUCAGGCCAAACGUCAAACAUUUCGUGAGAUGAGCCAACUUUAUUUAGUUAAGUCCAUGAAAAGUUUGGCGUCUGGCUCAGUUGGGUUUGACUGAAUGAGUUUGGAUUGUGCAACAUGUUCUUUCUCUCUGCUUCGGACCAACAGAACGUUUGAGGAUCAUCUAUGGGACAAACCUCAAUCUUCACAUGCAAUGAACUAAACUAAUAAAUUACAGCUGAUUUCAGUGCUGUGUAUACACCCUGAUUUUUAGACAUGAUUCGACGGUCAUGAUUCGACCGAGAGGUUACCAAGCAGUACAGUAUUUUACCUUGAUUAUCCUACAGGAAUCAAAGCACAGAAUCUGAAAGUUACUUUAAUGAUAGCUCAAAUGUUUCUAUUGUAAUUCAGAAAAAGUGGACCGUGAUCCAUAAUUUGUUCCCCUUUUUAGACAACAGCCUCUCAUACAAGUCACGCAAUCUAAUCGCAAUACAUGUUAUUGGGCGUGUGCACGUCUCGAUCAAUAAGUUUUUCGGCUCUUUUCUCAACUUUUUUUGGACUUCUACCUUGAUCUUUAAAGAAAUAUCAUAUUUUACCCUUUUUCAAUAAAAACAAAUGUUGCUUUCUUUUAUGUCUGGUUUUCUUUAUUUGCGCUCACUAGGGUCAUAGGUCGAGGACCGAACAUUGUGAUAUUUUUCAAUGGUCGACAAAACAACUUUCAAACUCUCAAGCAAAUUCUUUCACAACGGCAGACCGAUCAAUUUAUCUGUUGAUUUCUUCUGCAAAACGUCAGGUUUUCCUGUUAUUUUUUAACCAUGCAGAAGCUAAGUAAGGACGAAAAACUACCAACUUGAAGAAAUACAAAUUUUCCUCCUUGUUAACAAAAUUUGCAUCACUGUCACAUGUGAAUUGCGGGUGGUAUUCACCAACGGCAAAAUACCGAAACCUUGUCACAUGGAAGAACUGACUAAACGAUAAACCAUCAGACUAAUUCGCUUUUCGCCGUAUUGAUAAUAUUUCGUCCAUUAUGAAAUCGCCUACAGAAAUACAUUCGAACUCGGCAAUCGAACUCCAGGUAUCACAUGUUAUCAUAAUUUCUGCAUCAUGUCGCCCCUUUCCAGGCAACACAGCUUUGCUCUUCAGGUAAAACACAUUUGUCCGGAUUCUAGCUUCGUUACACUUUAUGUCCUUUAGUGCUAAGCUUUCCUUGCCAUCCAGGUUUUUCCCUCACUGUUUCGGAUCGCACGGCAGAACUCUCAAUUAUUUUUGCAACCGUUUACGUACUGCGAAGCGAUAGGUCAUGUGAUUAGUGUCGAAUCAUGACAGGUCGAAUCAUGACCGUCGAAUCAUGUCUGAAAAUCCGGGUGUAUACAUAGCAAUGAAAUCAGCUGUAAAAAUUUGUAUGAUAAUGUAUGUUUAGCCUUGUUUGGGUGAAACAUUAUCAAAAUUGCUUUUAUUCAGUUUAUUGGUUCAAUCAUGUCUUAAGUUCGACGUCUGACCCAACUGAUGAUCUUAACUUACUAGUACUUAUAAAGCCAACUGACAUUUUGCAUUUUUCACCACCGUCAAUCAUCUUAGCAGACCUCUGACAUGGUUGCCUCAGCCAGAGGUUUUUCAAAUUCCCUGCACUUUUUCCUGACAAAUGUAAAAUUUCCCCGACCAACUGAAAUAACAAUUCAACAAAUCAGUCCUGAUGAUGGACUCGACCCUUCCCUCACAACAAUCCUCUCCACCCAUUUAUUUAUGCACAGCCGUCCUCUCUGCCCAUUUUGUUUUUGCUUCCAGCAAGUCACGUGCAGUGUACGUGAAUUGAUAGUUCCUUAACAUCAAAUUCAUGAACAAUAUUCUACCAAUUCAACAUGAUUUGUGUCUGUAAAUUGUACAGAAGAAUUUUAAAUGUUGGAAAAGAACAACUGCAGAGGGAAAAGAAUAAAUAUGUACUCUUAAAAUUUCACUUUUCCCUGACCUUUUUCAGACUUAAAUUUUCCCUGACUCAAAGUGAAAUUCCCUGACUCUUCCCUGACCUUGAAGAAUUUUUUUUCAUUCCCUGAACAUUUCCUGACCUGUGGGAACCAUGUCUUAGGAAACAGCACUAACCCAGGGUUAAAUUCUAACCCAGGUUUCAUUUUUUUUUGUUUAAGAUCAUCUUCUCGGGUGAUUUUCUCUAUUCUUUUUUGAGCAUCCAUUCAUCAAAUUGUAGACAAAAAGAAUUAAUCUGAAUUUGCUUUUAAGCUUUCAUAUCUGAAUUCAAUAUCUUAACCCAGCUUUGAACAACCCAGCCCAGAAGUUUACCUCAUGGGGUUCAAAAGGUCACAGUUUGUGAUUUGUGACAGGUGCAUUUCGAUCUGCUUUGUUUGUUUCUGUGUUUUGGGUUUAGUUGCUUGUAUUUGUAAUUAUGAUUAACGCCAGCAAAAAACGUAAUUGUGAAGGUGGCUUUAAAGAACUUCAGAGUUUGUGUGUUUUUGAAAAGCAUGGUAAUUUAGGUUGAUCCAAGACAGAGUUUGCUUUGUCUCAUGAAGAGUUGGCCUCAUAUGCCUCAAUGUAAAAUUCUCCCAUUUGAUUAAAACAUUGAAUAUUCAUCCACUGCCAUCUUUUCCAGACUGUGAGAUGGCUCUGGAUUUCUAUGUUGUAUCAGAAUGUAUUUUUUUUCAGUUUUAAAUACUUAAAAAAGUGUUGAUUUUUUCAAGAUUUGUAUGUAAAGUUAAAUUCUGUGCUGAUUCCAACCACUCAAUUUCUUUUUGCUUAUAGAUUCAACCUCGCCCAGUAACUCUGGAUGAUUUUCUGAAUGUGUUAUCAAGAAACACCAGUACAGUAACAAAGGAAGAUGUGGAGAGAUUUGAGCAGUUUACUGUAAAUCUUGGACAGAAAGGGUGA